GCUUGCUGGCCGCGCGCGUCGCCUUGGAGGGGACUGUCGCAGAGGCUUGUCAUUCUGACCCGGGGAGUCCUCAGAGCGUCUGGCCGAAAUGUCUAAUGCAAAAGAAAGAAAACAUGCUAAGAAAAUGAGAAACCAACCUACCAAUGUGACUUUAUCCUCUGGCUUUGUGGCUGAUAGAGGAGUAAAGCACCGUAAUGGAGGUGGGAAACCUUUCCAAGCUCAAAAACAAGAGCCUCAUUAUGGAACUUCACGACAGCGGCAAACAAAAAUGACCCCCCAUUCAUUGCUUGAGCCUGAUAUCAAUGAGCCGUCUUCCUCCAAAGUCAUGUUUAAAAAGAAGGGAGGAUGGAAAGCAGGUCCUGAUGGCACUUCUCAGGAGAUUCCCAAGUAUAUAACUGCUUCCACUUUUGCUCAAGCGCGAGCUGCUGAAAUCAGUGCUAUGUUAAAAGCCGUGACCCAGAAGUCUUCUAAUUCACUGGUUUUCCAGACUCUGCCACGACACAUGAGACGAAGGGCCAUGAGCCACAAUGUCAAACGCCUUCCUAGACGAUUGCAGGAGAUCGCUCAGAAAGAGGCAGAGAAAGCUGUACAUCAGAAAAAAGAACAUUCAAAAAAUAAAUGCCACAAAGCUCGAAGAUGUCACAUAAACCGGAUUCUAGAAUUUAACCGUAGACAAAAGAAGAACAUAUGGUUAGAAACGCAUAUCUGGCAUGCCAAGCGGUUUCACAUGGUCAAGAAGUGGGGCUACUGCCUCGGAGAGAGGCCAACAGCCAAGAGCCACAGAGCCUGCUAUCGAGCCAUGACACAACAUUGCCUCCUUCAGGAUUUAUCCUACUACUGUUGUUUGGAGUUGAAGGGCAGAGAGGAAGAAAUACUAAAGGCACUUUCUCAAAUGUGUAGCAUAGACACAGGAUUGACAUUUGCAGCAGUUCACUGCUUGUCUGGAAAGCGCCAAGGGAGUGUCAUGCUUUACCGGGCAAAUAAAUAUCCCAGAGAAGCACUUGGGCCUGUUACAUUUAUUUGGAAGUCUGAGAGGAUCCCAGAUGACACCUCUGAGAGCAGGCAGUUGUGGAUCUGGCUUCAUCCAGCUGUUAAACAGGACAUAUUAGAGGAAAUAAAAGCAGUGUGCCAGUGUACAGAACCCGUCAAAUCAACUGUCUGCAUCCCUGACCUUCUGACACCAUCUCAAGAAAAAAACCAUACUGAACUGCCUGAUGAGAAAAUUGGCAAGAAAAGAAAAAGGAAAGAUGAUGGAGAAAAUACCAGACCAAUUAAAAAAGUUGUUGGUGAUGGAACUAGAGAUCCAUGUCAACCAUAUUCUUGGAUCUCUCCAGCCACAGGCAUUAUAAUCAGUGAUUUGACGAUGGAAAUGAACAGAUUCCGGCUGAUUGGUCCGCUUUCCCACUCCAUCCUAACUGAGGCACUAAAAGUUGCUUCUGUCCACACUGGGGGAGAGGACGCAGAAAAGACACCUCACCGUUGGUGGACUGAAACCUGUGAGAAUCCUGGUAGCAUUUCCCUUCAUCGCAGACAGGAAGCUGUUUUUGAAUUGUUGGGAGGAAUAACAUCACCAGCAGAAAUUCCGGCAGGUACUAUUCUGGGACUCACAGUUGGGGAUCCUCGAGUAAAUUUGCCUCAAAAAAGGUCCAAAGCUUUGUCCAAUCCAGAAAAAUGCCAAGAUAAUGAGAAAGUUAGACAGCUGCUUCUGGAGGGUGUACCUGUGGAGUGUACGCAUAGCUUUAUAUGGAACCAAGAUAUCUGUAAGAGUGUCACAGAAAAUAAAAUCUCGGAUCAGGAUUUAAACCGGAAGAGAAGUGAAUUGCUGGUGCCUGGGUCACAGCUUGUUUUAGGUCCCCACGAAUCCAAGAUACCUAUACUUUUGAUUCAACAGCCAGGAAAAAUGACUGGCGAAGACCAGCUAGGCUGGGGAAGUGGCUGGGAUGUCCUACUCCCAAAGGGCUGGGGCAUGGCUUUCUGGAUUCCAUUUAUCUACCGAGGUGCAAGAGUUGGAGGAUUAAAAGAGGCUGCAGUACAUUCUCAGUAUAAAAGGUCACCUAAUAUCCCAGCUGAUUUCCCAGACUGCCCUGCUGGGAUUCUGUUUGCUGAAGAGCAAGCUAAGACUCUGCUUGAAAAGUACAAAAGACGCCCUCCUGCCAAACGGCCCAACUAUGUCAAGCUUGGCAUGGUGGCACCUUUCUGCUGCCCCUGGGAACACUUAACUCAAGACUGGGAGUCAAGAGUCCAGGCCCAGCAAGAGUCUUCUGUAGCUUCCUCUCCAAAUGGUGAGGAGACUGACCUAAGAAGACACACGGUGCCUUGUGUUCCCACACCUGAAAAAACUGACCAGCUGUCUAAUGAAGUGGGCACAUCUGUGAAUGACCCCAGGGAGCCAGAAGAAGUAAUGGACACAGACUGUCAAGACCAGGCAGGGACCAAGACGGUCAUGGACCUGGAUGCUGGUGAGAACCAUGUUGCUGCUGCCAGUAGUCAACUCCUUGUUCUUAGGAGUAGAAAAUUACUGAAGCAGCUGUCAGCCUGGUGUGGACCCAGUUCUGAGGAGAGUCGGGCCGCCCGGCGAGCUCCUGGCAGAGGCCAGCAAGAACUAACCAGAGAGGCCUGCUUGUCCGUCAUGGACCAUUUCCCCAGGGCCUUGGUGUGGGUCAGCCUGUGCCUGCUCAGGAAGGGCAGCCCCGAGCCGCACACCAUGAUCUGUGUUCCAGCCGAGGAGGACCUACUCCAGCUCAGCCAGGAUCCGCACUACUGUGGGCCCCAGGAAGCCAGACACAGCGACCCGUUCAAGAGGAAGAUCCUGAAGCAGAAAGAGAAGAAGAAACUGGAGAAGAGGCAGAACCGGGGCUGUGCCACUUCUGAGGGCCUGGGAGCGGGGGAUCCCGCGGCUGGACAGGAAGCUCUGACUCUGGGGCUGUGGUCAGGCCCUCUCCCUUGCGUGACUUCGCACUGCUCCAGAGUUCUCCUAGGCUUUGUCAUUCAGGGAGAUUUUUCCAUGGCUGUUGGCCAUGGAGAAGCCCUGGGGUUUGUUAGUUUGACAGGCUUGCUAGAUAUGCUGUCCAGCCAGCCACCAGCCCAGAGGGGCUUGGUGUUACUGAGGCCUCCUGCCUCUGUCCAGUAUCGAUUCUCCAGAGUUGCUAUUGAGGUGUGAAUGAGGGUUUACGGAGAGUUUUGUUUUCCCUGUCUUCUGUUUCAAAAUGUCAUGUGAAAUUCUUCGGAAAUGAGAAUUAAAAAUUACAUAUGGUGCAAAUGUUGAAAUGUUUACACCAUUCUAGUAAUCUCACUGAUUUCCAUCUUUCCCUGUCCUUGCUGUAAUACUUUAAAAAUUAUUUGGCAUGUAUAGCCAAAAGCUUUGGUAUAUAUGAUCUCUUGAUCUGUGUAAUUCUUGCUGAAAAUAAUUAGAAGUUCUACACUUUAUUGUCCCUUUUUUAUGUUAGGAACAAAGUGCUGUCAGGUCCAUUUGAAAAACAUUUUAGUCAUGUGAUAAGAAACAAUACAUGUUUAAUGAUUUGGUUGUUACUGAAGAAAAAAAGACUAUAAACAUUUGGCCUCUGUACAUGAAAUAUGGGCCCCCGCAUGGGCCAUGUUCAGUUGUGUACUGUAAUCAGCACGCUGAAUACAUCGUGCCAUAGAGAAAGAAAUCAUGGACGGUUCACUGCUUCCUGUUUUCAGGCAGGCUCAGUUUAGGGCAAAGUGUUGGGCUGGAAUUAGAAUGGGAAUCUAUGACUUUAUGAAUCCUUGACCUCUCUGUUGUUGACAUGAUCCUAGGAGUUACUUAAUUUUUUUUUAAGUAAAAAAUUAUUUUUUUUGUUUCUGCAAAGAAUUUCUCAAAGCCAUAGAGGAGCAUUUCUCAAAGUAUGUUCUAUGAAAUGUAUUAGCUAAAAAAAAGGGAUUCCAAGGUCAGGGUGAUUUGGGAAACUUUGGAUUAAACAAAGUUAAGCAUUUCUUUAUUGAGGGACUUCUGGAACCUUCCAUGUGAUAAUGUGCAUUAUAAAUCUCCAGGAAGUAGAUAAUAGUGUACAGUAUUUUCUAAAUCUUUUUGAUCCCCAAACUUUUUACAAUGAGUGGCCUUUGUAGGAUCAGUGUUCUUAGGAACACAGUUUGGGCAACUUGGCUAUGCAGUGCCAUGGCUACCUCUGCAAGGUGGGUAACUAAACGACAAGCUGCUCUUCAACACUAUGCAGUCACAUUGUCCACCUGAGGUCUUGAGCAGAGUAUAAAAGAAAGGUCUCAUUCUGUCUCAUAGGAAGAUGGCUCAUCAUUGCUUUUUUUCACCUGUGGAGAAACUCAGUUUCUCAUCAGCUUUUAGUUGUCGUGUAUAUCUCACUCAUACCAUCAGCCUCUCACUUUCCUGCCAUAAAUUUCUAGCAGAGUCUGAGUGGGGGCUUGUUGCUUUUUAAAAAUGUGCAGCUAGGCAUUAUUUCAUGGAAAUGCAUUGGGUUUUUCCAGUAGCAUUUGGCAGGACAUGUCUUUGGGGGUGAUGAGUUGGGGAAAGAUACAGGAAGUAUUACAGUAGUUAGAAAGUACCUUGAGCCAAUGAAAUGUUGGAUGUUUUUCCUCUCAGCAUGCUUCUGAAUGUCUUUGUGUCCAACCCAAAUGAGAUGGAAAAUAGUCUAAGUGACA